AAACAGUCACACAAACUUAUCGUUCAUCAUAAAAAGUCCAGACGCUUUAGCCCCUUGCAGUUCACGUUUAAACAUCGUGCCUGGGCCAUUAGUCACGAAGUAUAUCAUGUGACCUUGUAGGUGACGUAUACGAUUAUAGGGCCUAUACCUGUUCCCUUUGUUCGAUCGCGAACAAAGGCCCCGAUCCACCUGCGCAGUUUAAAUCGACGGAGCCCGGAUUGUUUGGCGAAGUUAUUUAUACGAACAGACGUCAUGUACCGAGAAGGGGAUCUACACAGACCCGUAGAAAUGCUCGAUCCGACGGUAGGUUACUAGUCUGAUCAUCCGGUGAAUGCCUUCUCAAGUUGGGGCCACUUGAAGCUAUUUAUACAAUCGUACUUGUAUGUAGAGUAACUUUACAAGGCAACCAUUACUUAAAGAGUUUGAAUGACCAUCAACUUUUAUGAGAACAACGGGUCCAACCAGGAUGGGUCAUUUUGACAGUUCAACAAAGGACCUUGUGCAUUUGUCAGCUGUGGUUUCCUUACUUCUCCUCAUAGCAUCACUAGUGUCGGCCGGAACAUUCAACAACAUCAACGACACCGUGCCAUAUCUUGCGAAUUAUGGGUACAUUCCAUCAGUGGGCGACAACCAAGUAGUGGACAGGCAAGUACUUCUUGAUGGCCUCGGCAGAUUGCAAGAUAUGUGUGGCGUUAGCAGGACUGGAGGUAUAAUAGAUGAAGCAACAUCUGAGUGCCUCAACAGACCAAGAUGCGGCAACCCUGACUUUGUGACAGGCCAGCGGGUGAGGAGGCAUUCCGGCGGCCGCAAGCGUCGCUAUUACAUCCCUGCGGAGGCUGAUUCGUGGUCGCCGCAAUCAACUCAUAUAACGUAUGACAUCGUGGUGUACUCGGACGACCUGCCUCCAUCUGUCAUUGAUGAUUCCAUCAGGAGGGCUUUUGAGGUCUGGUCUAAUGCCACUGUGCUCUCCUUUGAGCGGAUACGAGGAGGCCAAGUGGAUAUUAGCAUCUCCUUCUACCCAACGAUGCAGGAUCAUGGGGAUAACAUGCCCUUUGAUGGGCCAGGAACGGUCCUGGCACAUGCCUUCUGGCCCUGGAGCGAGGAUCGCCUCAAGAUGGAUGUUCACUUUGACGAAGCAGAGACAUGGACCGCCAAGUCUUACUCAGGAGCCAAUUUAUGGCUUGUUGCUGCCCAUGAGAUAGGCCACACCUUGGGUCUUGGUCACAACUUUAUCCUCGGCACUCUUAUGUUUCCCAUUCACUUCGGAUAUAAUCCUGACUUCGUUUUGCAUUCUGAUGACAUCGCCGGUAUAAGUGAACUGUAUGGUGAUAUUGCACCGACGCCAGGUCCAACAGUCCAAGACACCCCUGAUCUGUGCCAAGUAGUCAUAGAUGCAGUAAUGGUUGACGGGUUUACGUAUUUCUUCAAAGGUGAGUACUACUGGAAAGUCUUGAAUGGGCAACCUGAGCCGGGAUACCCUCGCAGGAUAUCAGAACGGUGGCCAGGACUAGAGGGGGGCAUCGAUGCUGCAAUCACUGUGAAAAAUGACUUUGUCUGGACGCCGCACACGGGCAAGACCUACUUCUUCAAGGCGCGGCGUGUAUGGCGAUACACCUUGACCAGACUGGACGAAGGCUUCCCUAAAGAUGCAGACCAGGAAUUCCCAGGUUUUCCCUCAGAAAUCAACAAGAUUAAAGGAAUCUUUGAGAUCAGUGGAAAUGGGGAGACGUACAUCUUCACAGAUGGCGGUUUCUACGUGUAUAACUGGCUAGGCUUCCAGGGUCCCUAUGCGCUGCAAGUGUUUGGCGGCAUACCCAACAACAUUGUGGGUGCCGUACAGUGGACCGACAACUACAUCUAUUUCUUCACCGAUAACUUCCAGUACUACCAGUGCAGCCCCUGGAGUUUUAGCAUCAGCCGCGGGUAUCCGCGCCUCGCCCACGUGGACUGGAUUGGCUGUCCCGCCAACUCACCGAGCGCUGGUAACCUGCGAUUGGUCGAGACCUCCGAUUCAUUGCCAGAAUCGUCAGGACAUGAUUUAGAAGAUACCGGUUCGCAUGGAUCGUCCGUGUCAGUCACGAGGACCUGGACAUCCAUGGCGAUUCUUCUCGGUUUAUUACUGUUGGUAUGAUUGAAUGGUGUUUCUGUAGAGUAUAGUGCAAUUCAUGUAGUAACACACUGGUAAUGCUCUCAAGUGAACGACCUUUGCCAACUCACAUAACACUGAUUUGAAGGGUCUAUUUCCAAAAUGCUAUAUAUAUGUGAUGCGAUCAAGCUAAAUGAGUAGUUUGUCGACCUAGGUCAAAAUUUGGUUGAUUACAGACUUGAAAAGAGCCAAAUCUCAGCAUUACUGCUGUGAAAACCGCAUCCUGAUACCAUCUUUAGUUUAAAAAUUAUGGAAGUCGGAACACCAAGAAAUGUGAUAAAGUG